AUGGAUCCCUACGACAGCGACUCCUCCUUCGACGAUGAGGGGGACUUCAGCGAGACCAACGUGCUGCUGGGCUACGCAGCCGACGAGAUUGUAGAAGACACCAUCAGUCACCUGGGAGGCUGGCCGACCUGGCUCGACGACGCUACCCCGCCUCCGGGCGACUUCGCCAAAUGCAAAGUCUGCAACCAGCCCAUGCUCCUCCUCCUCGAGCUGCACGGUGACCUCCCCAACGACUUCCCCGACGAUGAACGCCGUCUCUACAUCUUCUCCUGCCCCCGCAAAGCCUGCAACCGCAAACCAGGCAGUAUCCGGGCCCUGCGCGCCGUUAGAAAGCUGAAGAUCGAGCCCCAACACCAGCCUCCCCGCCAAAAGGAAGAACAAAAGCCUGAACCCUCAAACGAGGAGAAGAAAGAAGAAGAAGAGAAGAAGCCCGCCGCACCGAAGCCAGACCUCGGAGCCAGCCUAUUCGGUUCCUCCACUCUCACCGGCAGCGUCUCCGCCAGCGCAAACCCCUUCUCCGCCGGCGCUUCUUCCACCAGCACCAACAACAAUCCAUUCGCUGCCCCAGCGCCCUCCCCCGGCCUCGCCGCCAAACCCACCCCCUCUCCUGCACCUACUCUCUCCGAAUCCUUCGCCGACAAAGUCCGCAUCUCCUCUCCUCAACAACAACAACCCAAAACCAACCUCAUCCCACCUCCCGAAGCCUCCACCACCCCCAACACCCCCUGGCCCGCCCAAUCCGACUUCCCCACCCCCUACACGAACUUCUACCUCGAUGCCGAAUACGAGGCCAUGUCCCGUCCCUCCACACCCACUAUCCCCGCCAACGUGACCAUCGACAACACAGAAGAAGAAGGUCCCAACGGCGGCGCUGCGGAGCUCAAAGAUACCUUUGAAUCCGAGCUCGACAAGGCCUUCAUCCGCUUCUCCACCCGUCUAGGCCAUAACCCCGAACAAGUCCUCCGCUACGAGUUCCGCGGUACGCCAUUGCUCUAUUCAUAUGCUGAUGCGGUGGGCAAGCGGCUCCACGAUCCGUCGAAGACAGCGAACCCCAAUGCCAAGGUUACUACGGUUGGUGGGGGAAGUCGCAUGCCUCGCUGUGAGUAUUGUGGUAGUGAGCGCGUGUUUGAGUUGCAGCUUGUGCCUCAUGUUAUCAGCGUGUUGGAGGAUGGUAGGGAGGGGGUGGGGCUUGGACCCAAGGAUGAUGCUGGUAUGGAGUGGGGGACUAUUAUCUUGGGAGUUUGUGGGAAGGAUUGUGGACCGAAGGAAGUUGGUGUUGUCGGUUAUAGAGAGGAGUGGGCUGGUGUGCAGUGGGAGGAACAGGCGAAAUAG